AUGGAGUAUGUCACCCGAGGGGUCUGUGGCCAGGAGGGAUGUCGUGAGCGACGAUACUAUCUCGACAACGGCCUCUGGUUCUGCCGGCGCGGCCACUUGCAAGAGGGCCGACAAAUCGAAGAAGAUCCGGAUGAUUUCGGCACCCAGGGUAAAAAGCACCGGGUGAAGAAGGACAAGGAAGAGAGAUCACAAAAGACAUAUCGUGGUCGCAAGGCGCAUACUGUUUUCUUGCAAGCUUACCAGCUCAUUCUUUGGAAACAAUGUCACGCCUUGAUUCAUGAUCAUGGUUUCCCAGAGCAAUUCGAGGCGGUUUUGCGUGACCUCUGGGCCUUGAGGCUGCAGGACUUUACACUGAGAAUCAACGCAACGACGGACGACGAGGAAGACGAUGAUAGAGAACUGUUUAGCUCUCAGCCCGAGACUGAUAGCUCGGAUGACUUGGGCUUCAAGUCAAGGGGAGGCCGUUAUCUGGAGUGGCCGCGUUUGCUAGACUCUGUGGGCCUUUGUUAUCUGGCGGCUAUACUGAUGCGACUGCCUGUCUGUGUCAGCGACUUUCAUCGCUUGAUCAUACGCCAAGACAUUCCCUAUAUCAGGGUUGCAAAGUCUAUUCCUCACGAGAUGAGAGAUAAACUUCCUCCUGAACUGGUUGCGAGACUCGACGUUCUUCAACUUCCCAAACUAGAAACACUUCAUCGCGCUUUUGUGGAUCUCGUUCUGCAAUACCAGCAGCGAUUUGAGAUCGCUCUUCCGCCAAUCAAUUCAAAUAUCAUCUUAUACCGGCAUAUCAAAAGACUUGCGAUUCCAAUUGAUGUUUAUGAGACUGUCAGGUUCCUGAAAGGUCUUCUUGGUUUCAACUAUGCAUUUGAUGCAACAGCCAAACAAAAGCGCAUUAUCAACCAACCUGAAGUCCAGCUCAUGGCGCUUAUUGUUGUUGCUACCAAAUUACUCUUCCCUUUUGAUGACCUAGAAAGGCAUCCUGCCACGGCCAAAGAACCUGCUACUCAAGCUAUAAAUUGGUCCUUGUGGGCGCGAGCCCAAACCCACUUUAAUCGCCGUGAGAGCGCCAGUGGGAAGAUUGGCAAAGAGCAGGUCAUUCAGCUCACUGAUAAAGACGUUCUUAACAUGGCUCCCAGUCAACUCGACGAGUACAUGGACUGGUAUGAAAGCAACUGGAUCGAUAGCUUCCGCCUCGUGAAUCCUGUUGCAGACAUGUUCGCAACUAAUCGGACGACUGAGACGCCCGCUCCGCCACAAGCCCCACCGCCUUCAACCCUGGCGACAGCUGCCGAUCCGGAAGAGGCCUUGAACUCUUUGGUACAUACGGUCAUGCAGGAGUUGCAGACAAAUGAAGUCAAUCCAGAUCCGGAGGAAGACGACCGUCGCCCAGGCUCGUGGUACUGGCGAUAUCGAUGGGAAUCGCAACUCACCGACACGGCCAGAUCCUUUUACGAACUGGCGGCUCAGCUUGCAGCUGUCUCCUUACAGACCCUUAUCCAUGCCGUUACGGUCACUGAAUAUAGGAUUGCGAAAACCAUUGAAGACAAGCGGCGAGCAGAGUACUUUAGCCAAGUGAUGGAUCUAGAUAUGGAGGGCGAUGCAGAUGAAGACAGUAUCGACGGGAUGGACGAGUUAGAUGAGCAGCUAACUGAAUUAGACGUUGGAGGGGGUCCAUGA